UCCAGACUGUCAAAGCCAAAAUAUUAGUCAGACUGUCAGUGUGCUGCGGGUUAAAACUACAACAGUUAACUAUAAGGACUAUCGCUGUUAGUAUUAGUAUAUGAUAGCCUAUUGAUAAACCGCAAAAAGUUCGUUUUUUGUAGCGUUAGAUAAGUUUUAGCAAGUUUGACGCAACCUGGCUAGUAUUAGACAGAUAGCUUGUCAUUUUAGCCUAGCCAUGACAGAGAGAUAUGUUUAUUCUGCAUGUCUCGUGUCGACCACUGUGCUUUAACCUUCUCAAUGUGACCGUGGAGUAAUACAGGUGACUGUUUCUAAUGUAAAGAGCGCUGCCGGGUAAUGGUUAGCAAGUAAGGUUUAUUUAUUUAAGUAGAAAGCUAUUCUGUAACCCAAGGCAGAUUAAGGUUAGCCUGCUAGCAGCGAGCAAAACCACUGUCUAACCACCAAUCUGUUUCUGUGGAAUAAUGAGCGCCACUCAUGUUUAUGCAAGUCGCAAACGGAGGAAACCUAUCCCAAAAAGUUCACAUCCUCCACCUGAAAGCGUCAAAUCAAAUCCCUCUAAACGCCACCGGGAUCGGCUGAAUGGAGAGUUGGACAGGUUGGGCAGCCAGCUUCCCUUCCCGCAGGAGGUCAUAUCCAAGCUGGACAAACUCACCAUACUGAGGCUAAGUGUGAGCUAUCUGCGAGCCAAAAGUCACUUUAAUGUGUCCCUGAACUCAAAGAGAUCCAGCCACAUAGCAAACAACAGCAAAGUUCAGGAGCUGCUGGAGGGAGAGCUGUUGCUACAGGUUAUAAAUGGCUUUGUGUUGGUGGUCACCUCCAAUGGCACGAUCUUCUACACUUCGUCGACCGUUGAGGACUACUUGGGGUUUCAUCAGUCGGAUCUGAUCCAACAGAGUGUUUAUGAGCUUGUUCACACUGACGACCGGGCUGAGUUUCAGAAACAGCUUCACUGGGCACUCAAGCCCAGCUGCAUCCCAGACUCUGGACAGCUAGUACAAGCUUCCCAAGAUGCACCACUGCCUCAGAUGUACUCCAGUCCAGAGCAGCUGCCACCAGAGAACUCCACCUUCCUUGAGCGAAAUUUUGUUUGCAGGUUAAGAUGUCUCCUGGAUAACUCAUCUGGUUUUCUUGCCGUGAAUUUUCAGGGGCGUCUGAAGUUCCUGUAUGGUCAGAAUGAGAGGACAGUAGAUGGCAAACCCAUCCCUCCUCAGCUGGCCCUGUUUGCGCUGGUCUGCCCCGUGCAGCCGCCGUCCAUACUGGAGAUCCGCACUAAGAGCUUCAUGUUCAGAACCAAACACAAACUGGAUUUCACACCCACUGCUUGUGAUGCAAAAGGGAAGACUGUUUUGGGCUACACAGAGGCAGAGCUGUGCUACCGUGGCUCAGGUUAUCAAUUCAUUCAUGCAGCUGACAUGCUGUACUGCGCCGAGAACCACAUGCGCAUGAUAAAGACGGGUGAAAGUGGAUUGACUGUUUUCAGGCUCUUGACUAAAAACAAUCACUGGGUUUGGGUCCAGGCCAACGCCAGACUCGUCUACAAAAAUGGGCAGCCAGAUUGCAUCAUCGCCUCUCAGCGAGCGAUCACGGAUGAGGAGGGUGAGGAGAACCUGAGAAAGCGCACUAUGACGCUCCCAUUUAGCUUUACCACAGGCGAGGCUGUUCUUUACGAAACCAACCUUCCCAGAUCUCUCAAAAACACCACACCCUCUGAUCCCAGUGCCCCGGGCGACAGCGAUCAACCCAAAACCACCGGAACCCUAGACCCUGACUCCCUGCUGGGCUCCAUGCUGAAGCAGGACGAGUCUAUAUAUGUGUGCCCUGCAGGUUCAGUUCAAACAUUACCCUCCAUAGAGUGCUUAGGUAAAGAGGAUCUGGAUGUCUUCUUUACUAGUAAUCGGCAGGAGAGCAUCUGUCAGAGCUCUCUGUUCACACAGCAGCCAAUUACUGCUUCUAGAGGAGACGACAACUGUGAGAUCUUGAACUUCAUGGGGAGUUUAGGGAUCAGCCCGGAAGAUCUCAAUGAUGAACUCUUCCUUAGCAUUGACCAUGAUGAUGGCAACAACAUGAGAGACCUCACAGAUGGAGUCUUGUCCUACAUCCAGCACUCUCUCAAAAUAAAGACCAGUGAUGUUCAGGGUAACCUUGUAGGGAACCCUACACAGACCGUCACCCCUCCAUGGGAAGUGCCUGUGGUAACCUCGCAACCAUAUUUAAGCAAUUCCCUUAUGUUAGAAGAACCAAUGUCCUUCAUAAUGGAGCAUCCUGAAGCGCAGACCCAACUGCAGCAUCAAAAUAAUCCUCAAAUUCGCCAGCAAACGUUGCCUCUUACAAACAGUGGGACAGGAAUCACACAAUGUGACUGUUCACACAUAACUGUCCAAAAACAGCAGGUUCACAUCAUGAACCAAGAGACUCCAAAUCUUCCACCUCUCCUUCAACUCAGAAAUGCUCAGGUUCGUAGUAACAUCCCACACGUUCUAGUCAGCGACAGCCAGCAGGUUCCUCCUCUCUACCAGCCAGGGCUUCAGGAGUCUGAAUACUUUUACAGUGAGACGUGCCCUCUGGAAGUUGAGAACUCUUACAGAAACCAUCUCAACACUGUGUCCAUAAGUUGCUCCCAGGAGCUCUCCUCACCUUAUAUUACUGCAGGUGACACAGAUGUGAGUGCAUUCAUCACUCAGGACCUCGAAGAGCUGCUUAGCAGCCUGGACGGUGGAGGUAUUGAUAGGAAUAGGCAGCUGGGACAGAAUGUAGGGGUGGGCGUCGGACUAAGCCUGGAUCCGCAAUCUUACAUAGACCAGUUUCAGAAUGGCGGUCACAGACUCACAAACUACGCAGUGGAGAGUAACGCGACACAUCUAGCACAGCAUCCCAGCCAGCAUCAAAACAACAUGCCUCACCCAAAUCUGACUUUAGGAGGAUACUUGUGACUGCUUAGCAGACAGAAAUUUAACAAAGCCCUGGGUGGAACUUCCGUGGAUCAGAGGUCACCAUGCCCUGAGCCGGAUCUCAGUGGCCCGAGUUGUGCUGAGAGCUGUGAUCGUACACAGGAUAAACCCAUAAAAAAGGAGAAGCGAAGAUAGAUUUAAAAAAGCUUUAAAGAGCAAACAUGUUGAAAACGGGUAGGAGAGACAAUGCGUUUGAGAUGCUCGAGAUGAAUGCAGAACACAUUGCUAUCAAAUGUAUUUUACAGCUUCAUCAAUGGCUCUCUGUGCUUUAAAAAUAUAUCUUUAAAUAAGAUGUUGUUUAUCUGCUGACCUGUCAAAACUAAAUGAUAUAUAUGCACUAACUGUAUAGAAAAUAGCCUGCAGGAAAUACAAAACAAGCUAUGGCUUUUGAAAUACAUUUGUCAAAUGUGAAUUUAAAACCACAACUAUAGCAUGUUAGCCCUUAAAAUGCUUGCCUCUAUAAGGUAUAGAUGCCAAAUAUUGUACAGUAUAUGAUUUAUUACUGUGAUUUACACUACAUGGGUAGAGUUACAGUAAACAGUGGCAAUCCUUUAGCAGUAUUUACAAUUAUGAAUUGUAAAAUGUUUUGCGCACAAGUUUUUCUAUCAAAUAUAUAAAUAAUUGUAUUAACUGAUUGAGAACAUUUUGGAAAUGUUUUCUUAAAGUCUUUUGUAGCAGUGUUUAGUCAUAUUUGAGGGUAUUCACUAAUCAGGGUGUUUAGCUUUUGUUUUCUGUGACAUUUGUAUGGUGAUUUAUCAGUAUCUGAUCGUUUGUACUUGGGUGAAGCUGUUAAAGAUAAUCAGACAUAUGUAGCACUUACAUACAGAUCUCUAUAUAAACAGAUCUCAAAACUACAUAACCAAAAAAGACAUUCAUGGUUAAUUUAUCUGACUAUAUUAACCGGAAACAUGGACUUUGGUCACAUAUCAGGUAGUGUUUGGUUUUCUGCAGAAAUGUUGUAUUUAGAAAGCACUGCUGAUAAGAUUCAGUGUGUUUUGUUGAAUGACCAAAUUUGGAUGUACUUUAUAAUCUCCUGGAUCAAGCUGUUGUAUAUCUGCCUUUAUAAAAAGUGCACUUUUAUGUAUGUGGAUUGAACUUUUUCCUGUUUGUUGAUACAGGGUUUGUCAGCCCUCACUUUUUUGAUUGAAUCAAGUUUUUAUCUUUUGUCUUUAAACUGAUAUUGAUUCAAAUAUAAAGUAUUUAUUUGUUA